UAAGGACAUGGAGGUGACAUGGGGCUUCCCAGCUCUGUGUCCAUAGGUCCUGGCCCUGAGGAUGCUGCUGUUCUGGGGGUCACUGCUAUGCUGGGGGCUGCUGCCCCAAGCCCAAGGGGAGGCCCAGCACCUGCUCUUCCUACGGAUCAGCAAGGACCAGCUAGAAACAGAUAUUUCAGACUUGCUCUCGGAACACCACAUCCUGGGCCGCAUGGCCAGGAUACCUGUGACGGGCGCCACAAGUGAAGGUAUCGCCAUCCUGGACCACCUGCCCUUCGUAAGAAAAGGCCUCUCCAAGAAGAGCAGUGGGCUUGACCUGUCGCUGGUCGGGGACCUGCUCUCGGGGAAGAGCCUCCCACUGCUGGGGCAGCUGCUCCAGGCGGGCGGGUUGGUCAUAGAAGAUGCCAAAGGCCCCGAGGUCACCCUGCAAGUCCUGAGCGACAGCCUGCUGCAGGUCACACUGCGAAGCAAACUGUACCUCUCGCUCCAGAGGAUCCUGCGGCUCAAAGUCAUCAAGAACAUCCGCAUCGGGGUACGGCUGGAACAGACAGGGAACAAGACCAAGGUGGCCUUUGAGGAGUGCCAUAGCCCACCAGGAUACCUGAGCAUCAAGGUUCUGGAGCAGAUGAACCCCCUCCUGGUGAAUGAAGCUCUGGAGAUGGUGACAGGUGUCCUGGACCAGGCAUUGCCCUUCCUCCUGCAGAAGAUAGUGUGCCCCGUGGCCACGACCCUGCUCAACUCGCUGCUAGAAGACCUGUUGCCCAUCAAUCUGUCCCCAGCCACCUCAGGCCCAGAAGACUUCCAGUACCAUGUCACCACCACGGAGUUCACCGAGGAGGCCAUCCUGAUGAAAGUCUUGCUCGUGACCCCCUGUGGCCCAGGCCAGAGGGCCCCAAGGUCUGACCACCUGGCCCCCCAGCCCCUCCCAAAAUUAGCCCAGGGCAGCAUGGCAGACCUGGCCUUUUGGGUGGAAGCCUACAAUGACAUCCUGUCCUGCCUCUACACCAGUAAGGAAGUCCGUGUGGACCCCCAGGACUCCACGGCUGCCGACCUCAUUCAGCUGUUGUCACUGAGAGAAUUGGAACCCAGGCCCAAGUCCCCAGGAAGAACGGGGCUGACCAUCAGCACCCCUGACCCUCCCACGGUCCGCCUUGACGAUCACGGGGCCACCGUCAUCCAGCAGGGCUCCCUCGUGCUGCUGAGGCCCAAUAACACCUCCUCUGUCUCUGUUUCCUGGAAACUCCUUUCAAAGGCUAUGUUUUCCUCAAGAAAUCAGAAAUUAAAACUCCAGUUCACUCCAAACAGCACCAUGGUCACCCUGGGCACUUACCCUGCUGGCCUUGCAAAGCAGGAAGAACGUCUGAAGGCCGUCGUCUCGGAGCUUCUGAGGAGGAUGUUUUUGCCCCAUCACAACGAGCUGCUCAGUGAACAGCACCUCCCGCUGCCCCGUAUCAAGGGCCUCUCCUUCAACAAGGCCCGAGUGGAGCUCUCUGAGGAUUACAUGCUGCUGACCAUUCCAGAGGAAUAGGUUCUUGCCGAGGACCCCUCCAUCCAGCCACAAGUGCUCCAGACCCUGGAGACUCCAAGAAUGGCAACAGUCA